ACAGACUUGUUAUAAAGUCAUUUUGAGGUCCAAUCCCGUAGGCGCUUGAGAGUGUUGACGCCGUACUUGUAUUGAUAUAGGGCGAAUUUUAAGCUCAGUGACUCAUUUGUGUAUAGCUCUUCGCCAUAUCCCGUGCCUUAACUAUUUGACAUUUGUGGCCUUUUUAACGCGCGUUAGAGAUAGUUCAUAAGUCAAUCAAUUCUUGUCGUCCCACAGCAAGACAGAAAGAGCGAAAUCGGAUGCAGAUGUGAUUCGUAAAUACCAUGACUAAUAGUCACGGCUUACUUCUGCACACAGUCUUAGUUUUAAGUUAUAAGCUGAAUAAUACACGAAAGACUUAACUUAUAACCAAAAUUAAGAAUUUAAUUUUAGAAAUAAGACCAAUCAAGUCUUGGAAAUACUUUCGGACAAGUUGACGUAUUGGGCGUAAACAAACCGCGCUAUGGCGAGUUGCUGGACCAUAGGAUGCUCGUUGGUGGUAAUUUUAAGUGUAUUUUGCAUCUGGAAUUGUGUUAACCGCGAGGAUGUGCCGGAUACAUCAGACUGGUACGGAUGCCGUGAUCAAAAUGGAAAGCCAAUUGAUUCGUUUGUGGUUUACAAAUUACCAAAGGACAAAAAUAGCGAGUUUGCACCGCUGAAGACUGGGACAGCAUAUAUGUAUCUCACCCCAGAAACAGCUGCUAGAUUACAGAGUGGUGGGGUCUCCAGUGUGUUUAGUGAAUACAGGGAUUCAGCCAGUGGAUGGGUGCUAAGCAAUGUUAGCAUUGGAAGCGAGUAUUCCAUACUCUCAUAUACUCUGAGAAGAAUUUAUAGUGAAAAAGAUUUCUUACAGAAUUCAGCACUUAUUAUGUACAACGAUGAAUUUCCCAAUGGCACAAAGUCUUUCACAAAGGGGCACACAAAAGGUGUUCUGGUAAUGACACAGUCUGGUGGGUUGCUCGUUCAUUCUGUACCUUUGUAUCCACCUCCACCAGAAGAAUGGCUACUCGUACCCAUCCCACGGGUCAUCAUUAUGGCCAAACUAUGUUGUGUAUCAGCCAUACCUGUAGAAGAAGCUGAGAACAUAGGUGGGCAGCUAAUUCAGAAUGAACCCUUCAUAUAUGCAUCCAGUAUGCCAGCCUCUUUAAUAGAGCGGUUCCCAACUUUGACAAAAGUCAUCGAUGGUGAGCAUCCUGACUCCCUUCCAUGGUACCGAAUUACUCAGCUCAAAUCUAAACAAGGGAAGACAUUUACAUCUUUUGCCAAGUACAGGAAAUACGACCAGGAUUUAUAUGCUGGAUUAGUAGCCCCAAUUCUUGAAACUAACCUUGUUGUGGAAACUUGGAGGAAUGGGCCGGAUCCUCUUCCUCCUUCAUGUAAUUCUACUUACAAGGUAGAGAAUGCUGAAAGUAUUUUAGUGAGGGCUGCCUCUACAAGUUUCUCAACUCAUAAAGAUCACAGCAAAUGGGCUGUUGCUGCUGAACCAGACCAACCUUAUGUAUGCAUUGGUGACAUUAAUCGAAUGGAGUCUCAGUUUCACCGAGCAGGAGGAACGGUAUGUAUGUGGAGUCUGAGCAUCUGGCACAGGUUUCACAACCUAGUUCAAGAAGUAGACACCUGUCGUUCUGGAAUUUAAGUUUGUUGUAGAAUUAUAUUAGAUCUAAUACUGGAAAGUUGCAGUAAUUUAUGUCAGGUUUUUUCUUUGAUCUGACCAGAGAAUUGUAAUGAUGUAGUUGGCAUUGCAGUACUGUAGUUAUUAACAAUAAUGAUUUUGCUAACUAACUGUCAGAAACAUUUUUAUUAUAUAUGUAGUCUUUUUGGCAUCCAAAUUAUAUUGUUAUGGGAAAAUUAAGGGAGUCCACUAAAGUGAAAUUGGUAUAUAAUACUACCUUGCAUUUGGAAUAUAUAUAUGUUCAGACUUUUUUUAUGAUGAAUUACAGCAACAUAAUUUUGAUAAUUAUUUGUAUAUGACAGCAUUUUCUGUUAAGUUUAAUGAGAGAACACAAUUUUUUGUAUAUGGUAGCAUGUUUUUUUAUUUUAAUGUAAGAACAAUUUUUUGUAUAUGACAGCAUUAUCUUUUAAUUUUAAUGUAAUAUCAUAAAAAUAAUUUUAGUACUACAUACUUGAAAUUAGCUUAUUGAUAAGUUUUUGGUAUUCAUAAGAAAAGGGUUUAUUAAUUAAAUUAUCCCUUAACGGAACACCACCCUGAAAAUAAAUUCAGCUUUGAAUAUUUAUGAUGCAGUUUCAUAAGUGUUCUCACAUAAAUCUGAUUUAUCUAUUUCUCAUUGAUAACGUAGUUUAGUCUUAACAUUUCAUCGUGUCGUGUUGUUGUACGUAAUGGUUGUUUAGAUGUAGAAGUCAGUCAUGUCAUUCAGUAGAGUUAGACUUUGAAUUUAAGCCAUGUAGUGUUCAUUGUAAAUUUUAUACAUUGCCAUGAGGUCUGUACAAACAUCCCUGCACAUAUUGUGUUGAUGCCAUUCUUGUGUGGUGCUGUUUCAAAUAAUUAUUUGUGUUAUACACUUGCUCAGAGGUUUAACUUUUUAAAUGGUUUAAUGUAAGAAAGUAUUGACUUUCCAUAUCAGUGGACAUAAGUUUGCAAUAUUGCACGUGACAAACUUUCACAGAAAUGUGGGGCUUCUCAAUUUUUAAUGCAGAAUUCAAUUUAUAAUGAUCAAAUUAUAUUAGAUGGCAGUUUUUUGCAGUAGUAUAUUUAUAAUGAGAGAAUGACUGGAAAUUAGUUAGUUGCAAAUUAACGCUGUAAAUGUAUUGUUGUAUGGGUAAUUUACUGUUUUCCAAAAAUCAGAAUUUUCUCCAAAUUUAAAAUUGAAGGUUAAUGAGAAUUUUGCUUUACCCCUGAUGUUUGACAUUUGUGGAAACUGCCUACAGUUUAUGUCCUUUAAAUAGUCUUUACUGUUGUUGGAAUGUACUUCAAAAUGUCAAUGUAAGGUAGCUUUUCUGUAGUGGUAGAUGGUGUAUAGAUUUCACUGAAUUUAUCCAUGUUGUCGUAACACUUGACUACUGGUAUUUUGAUAAUGAAAGUGCUGGAACACUUUCAUCACUGUGUCAGGUUGUUAUUUGAAUGUUACUGAUGAAAUUUGCAAAAGAUGAAAAUAUUGUUUGUUGGAUGUUAAUAAGAUAACUUACUGUGGUUAUUUUGAAAUUUUUAAAGUGUUGAAUUUAUGGGCAGAUUGAUAUAUUACUGUUUAAAUAACUGUUAGUGUGGCAACAUUUAUGAAAAAUGUAAUGUAGUAUUUUUUCCCCCUACUGCCAAGCUGUGGUAUUCUCAUCCACUUAUUUUUCUUCGCAUAAGCUUUCUUCCCCUUUUUUUUUUGAGAGGUAGGUCUUCCUACUUUUUAUUUUCUGGAGCUAGAAAGAGACAUUGUGUCAUCUGUCUCAUUGGCCUUAGGGCAUUGAAAAAAUUUAAAACGUAUUCAGUCACUCAACCAAGGUAUUUGUAGAAAAAUAUAGUUUUACAGGACAGCUCAGGGAUAUUCAAUACCAAAGUUUUUUGGCACAGGUUCCACAGAGUGAGAGUGGACUUGAAAUAAAGGUAAAUGGUCUGUUGACUACUAGUAAAAGUAUAGUACGUAUUCUUUCAUAGUGAAGUACAGUACAGCUAAUAUGACUUUCUUUUCACUAUGCUUUAUAGUGUCAUUGAGUUUAGAAUACAUAUGGAACUUGAACACUGUAUGUUUGACUGGUAAAGAAUUGAAAAUUAGGUGAGUGCUGAGUUUCUACUAAAUGGCAAUCAAAGUUUUCCAUUGAUUAGGUACUACUUGUCACUAGUGGGCACCCUCUGGCUUACCUAUCAGGUUCAUUGACCAGCAUGCAAGGAAAAAUGAAUAAGUGAAUAGAGAUUGAGAGAGCAAAAAUGACAACUUUUCCUCAGCAUUCUUUGACAUGAUUAUGUUGAUUGAGUCCAAUUUGGAGGUGGAUACAAGAGACCAUUCUAGGGACAUGAUGACCUUUGGAGUUCAUGAGUGGAUCAUGAUAGUUACAAGUAACAACCCACUGAGGAGUAUUAGUAACUGACAAAGCAGUGAAAGAAGUGACUUCAGAUAAAAUAUUCUUUAACAUUAGCAUCUGGUUGUGGUCAUAGUCACUCACUUAGAAUGAGCAAAUAGAGAAGGAACAGCGGACACUCUUGGACUGUCUAAAGGCACUGUGGGUUCCAGGAAAGAAUCAAGGUAUGAUUUAGGGGGACAUGUUUUCAUUACUCACAUUCUAGAUCUAUUCAGUUGUGCUUCCUAUACUAUUCUAGUAAGGUAUGGACAAACCAGUCCCUCCAGUUGUCAGUGGAGAUCUUUGAUUUUCUCUCAAGUGCAAACUUUGUUUGCUUAAUUCCUGCCUUUUAAGGAGUAAAUCUAGGUAAGAGGUACAGGAAUGGAACAUGGAAAUUAUUAAAAAAAAUUUAUUUUUAUAUGAUAUAAACACACUUGUUAGAAUCUUUCAAUGAAGAUAGCUUCUGUAUUUUUGCAUGUUGGUUUAUGAAAGCUAUUGGCAUUAUAAUUUGGGACAUGAAUGCAUUAAAAAAAAAUCAGAGUGACCAUAUAUUGGAUAAAUAUAUUAACUGGCAUUUUUUGUAAUUAGAAAUUUGAAAAAAAAAUUAUAUAAAAGAAAUAGUACUCUACCCAAGAAAUAUGAAAAUUUAUUUAAAUGCUAAAAUUAGAUAGAAAAAUAUCCGAGUCGGAAUAGGAAUGAAAUAAUGCUCAUUAAUAUGAACUGAUCCUGCUGCUAUAACAUGGUAAUUAUUGAUUUUUCAGAAUACUAUUGCUUGCAGUAUUUUCUAUAUUAUAGUGUUUUAAAAAAUGUUAUAUAUGUAUAUUGGAAAAUUUAGAGGAUCAGUAGUUCCUGAUCUGAAAUGCAUGGUAUUGUUAGUAUUUUAGUGUACGUAUUAAGGUUAAUUUAAGAAAAUGAUAAUGGUAGUUUUUAUUUAAAUCUGCAUUGACAGAUUUUAGUUUAUUUAGCUGUUAUUUUUAUAUCUUAUUAUAGACUGAUUAGGUGGUACAAUUUUGAAUUGUCAUUGCUAACGUAAGAUAUUACGUGGAAUAUUUGGCAGGACCUUAAAGAGGUAUUUACUGAAAAUAAUUUAUGUAUAUAAACAUUAUAUGUGACAGAAUAUAUUUUUUAUAAAUUGUGUUUUUGUUGUUAUUUUUAUAUGUAGUUCUUGAAAUUUUUGUCUGUUUUUACUUCAUCAAAAUACAUAUGUAUGUUUUGUAAAUUAAGUUUUCGUACUUGUUCAUCUUGCUUUAAGGCAAGUAUUUUAUGAACAGUUAUUUUUAUAAGAUAAAACAUUAUGCUCUCUUUUGUUCUCAUGGAGCAUGUGAACAUUCCAAUUGUUUUGGUGACUGGUUAUGAUGGAAUAUAUCUCAUGUUUUUACCAAAUGACUAGUUUGUUGUAUGUAUUUUUAAAUACCAUACUGUAAUUGUGAGUGUUACCUUCAUAUUUAUCAUUUUUCAUUCUAAUGUUUGUUAAAUCAUUUAGUGGUUUCAUGCUCUUUGGCCAUCCCUCGACAUACCCCAGUUGAAUAUUAUUGUAGCUCAGAUAUUAUGCACUUUUCUGAAUAUACUGUAUAUAUGAUAAGUUUUCUUUCUUUGUGUAACACUAGACAUUUGUAAUUUUUGAGUGCACUGUGGUUUUGUUUGGAGGUGGGGGAGCAUAUUGAAGGAAGAGUAUUAGCUGAUGCUUUUAGUAUAUGUUUCACUAAAUAAUAAAUAAAAAUGCAAAGUACGUAGUGUUACAUUGGUUGCACUGGUCCCUGAGUGAAAUGAGGAGAGUUUGCUAGACUGAAAAUUUAGAGUAGUCACAUUUUAAGUGUUAGUUCCUGUGUUAUUGCUUUUAUUUUGGUGAUAACAUCCAUUUAAUUUGGCUGGAAUGGGAGAGAAUAGUCAGACUUGAGAAAAAGCAUCUUGUUCUAUUAGCUAUAUGGUGAAAGAAUAGGACCCACAGGUCAUAAUGUUACAUUUGGCAUUAACCAAUGUGUUACUACUUUGUCUCCCUGCUUAAGGAAGAACUCUGCUGGCAUUUUGCUGCUGCUUUUUUGACUUCCUGGAUCUUCCCAGAAGCUUGUCUGGUUGAUCUUGGCAUCUUCAGAGGUACAGUUACUUCAGGCUUGAGAUUUUAAGUAUGAACUAAGCAUUGAAAUGCUAUUGCGCCUUUCCCACAUCUUUCCUCCUCUUCCUCUGCUUUCACUUCUUCCUUUUCCAACCCCUUCCAGUCUCCAGACAAAUGUAGGGACAGGAAGAAGCCCUAGAAGCCUUCUCCCUGUAGGAGGUCCCCUAAGAAUUCCUGCAGGCACCAUUCUUUGCAAAGGUGGAUGACCAAUCACCAGCAUGAAUUCCUCAAGAGAUCAGACCUGGCCUGCUCAUGUGUGCUUGCUAUUGAUCCUGUCUCUAGACUGUUCACUACAGUGCCAGAGGUUGCUAAUCCUUCUUUCUUUCUUCCAUGAGUUGUAGCGUGCAUGUUGUGGCAUUUGGCUAUGUGGCAGCAUUAGGGAAGGGAGUCGUGGGUAGUCUGUAUUUUGAAAUAUUACAGACUUCCCUUCAUGGGCACCCAGUUUUCCCUUGUCUCAAUUACUGAUACCCCCAGAAUCACCUUUAAGCUCAGGUCUUGUCAGCAGAGGUAAGGGCCAUGCUGAAAAAAGAUACCCCAGAAGUCAUGGAUAAUCAGUGUCCAGGCAUCUAUUUCCUUCAGAGGGGCUACUUAUUUUUGUGGACCAGAAGGAUGCAUUUCCAGAUAGUACCCAUCCAUUAGCACUGCAGAAAGUGUCUUUGCUUUGUUUGCAAAGGGACUGUCGUUCAGUUUAAGACCCUGUGCUUCAAAUUGAACAGCCAUUCAGGUUUGUGUGUGUUCUCCUUAGUUACAGUUAGUGCCCAUUUUGUUCAAGAUAAGUCUGUUGCGUUAUCUUGAAAAAUGGUUGAUCUUGGUAUCUUCAGAGGUACAGUUACUUCAGGCUUGAGAUUGUUUUCACUCUUUUUGUCUUGAUAUGGGGAUUGUGGUGAACUGGAAGAAGUCCAGUGUCCAGCUCAAAUAGCAAUUAAACUUGGGAAGGGUGAUCAGUACAGUAGCAGUGGGUGUCUAUCUUGUAGACUCAGAUCAACAAAGCUAAUGGUAGUUCCUGUCCUUGGCUUUGGCUAGUUAUACCCUGUCACCAAUUUUGAAGCUCAUGUCCCACAGGCUCACAUCACUGGUAUAUAAAGCAGCAUUGAUCCUUCAACUUGAACUCUUUAUACAUACAACAUCCCAAAGCCAGGAUAUGAAAGGUGAUCUGAAGUAUUUAGUUGAUAACAACAACCUCUCCAUCUCCACCACCACCACCACCACCACCACCACCACCACCACCACCACCACCACUACUACCACCACUACUACCACUACCAAUAGAGGUGCAUCUUUUCUUGAAAGCUUUAAGGGGGCCGGCUGGAACCCCUAUAUAUGGUGGUAUAGGGCGAAAAAUGCAAAGUCAUGAAAAAAUUCAUGGAGCUUCAUAUGGCAAUUGAGAAUACGUAUACGAAAUAUUUCGUCAAAAUUCCUCUUACUUUCGUAGUUACAGGGUAAUUAGUUAACGUAACUCAAUAAGCCUAAAACAUUGAUCCGUACAAGAAAAUGCAAUAUUUCUUCUAUUAUCGUAAAUUUUGAUCAUUAUUGUCAAAGAAAUUGGGAGAAAUGGCAUCUAUAGACAUUCCCCAAGUCGAGAAGGAGACUUCAGGCUCAGUACCAAGUCCAGUCCUGAUUUAGUGCGAUCACAGACUUCAAGUAGUCUACACGUUCCAUUUCACCUCUGACAUUCGCCUGCGUUUAUGUAUGUUUAUGUAUGUUUCGGCAAGAAUUCCAUCAUGCCAAUGAGGAAAAGACAAGGAAAACAUCUCGCUAACAUACAGACGAAGAAAAAUCGCUCAAGUAUUAUUACAGAAUAUCAUAUAUAUGCGUAGUUAGCGAAGAAAAAUCGCUCAAGUAUUAUUACAGAAUAUCAUAAUAUAUGCGUAGUUAGUGAAGAGAGAGGGGUGGGUUGCGAAGUAAGGGUUGCUUAGUAACGCCCCCGUCUUGCUUGACAGCACACGUCACACUGUGCCCAAGGCUACGAUAUUUGAGCAAAGAGAUCUUCAUUUAUGAUAAAUAACAAAGUUUUGGUUUUUAAUACCCAAAAUGGAAUAUGAAAUUCAUAAUAAUCAUGAUUUAUUAAAUUGUCUUUGUAAAAAAAAGAGUACGCCUUCGAGUUUCACCUCUUGGCAUUCUCUUGCAUUUACGUUUGUUUAUCUUUGUUCCGGGCAAGAAUUUCAUCAUGCCAAAGAGGAAAAUACAAGGAAAACAUCUCGCUAACAUACAAAAGAAGAAAAUUCGCUGUAAUAAGCCGAGUUAGUGAAGGGGGGAGAGAGAAUUGCGUAGGAAGGAGUGCCCCAUCUUGCCUCAAGCAGUGCCCAGGCUGCGAUAUAUGAGCAAAGGGAUCAUCAUUUAUGAUUAAAUUAUGAUAAAUAAAAUAGUUUUGGUUUAUUAAUACACAAAAAAGAAAUAUACAUUCAUAAUGAUCAUUAUUUAUUAACAUUGUCUUUAUAGAAAUACGAAGGAAAACUUUGAACGCCCGUAUCUCAAAACUAUACUUAUUGACCUUCAAAAUCUAUCUUCUCACUUAGUUUUAAAGCUAUAACAUUGGAAUUUGGUAUAUAACUCAAAAAGACAUUAUAGAACAAUCAAAUAGAGCCCUUUUUUCCAAUUUUUGUUUCGUAUUUUUUUUUAUAAAUUUUUUUCUCCUGAUUUAUAGGGUUUAUUUUUUUACCAUAUUGAAAAAUUCAUAUCUAGCAAAAAAAUGACUUUUAGAAAAAAAAACUCUCCAUUCGAUUGGAGGUCUACAUCAGGUCUAUAUAUGGUAGUAAUCCCAGGUCUUAAUAUUAAAUAUCAAGGGAGGAGAUAGAAUUUGAAAAAUGGUUAUUUUCGGGAUAAAUCGCCCUGGCGUCACAAAACCGGAGGUCAGAGGCGAAAAUCAUAUGCGGUUUGGAGAUGUCCCAAGUCACCUUAUUAAGUGGUAUGAAUAUCAAAGUCCUGUCCUUAAAAAAGGGCAUUAGCCGGCCGGCCCCCUUUAAAGGUUGUUUGGGAUAUAUGCCUGUAGUGCCUGGUAAGCUCUUCAGAUGCUCAAUUGGGUAUCACUGUUUUAAAAAUGCAGUUGGUGUUGCUGGUGUUGUGAGCAUUCCAAGACAGAUUGAUUGUCACUCAGUGGUGUCCAGGAGCAUGAGGGACACAAUGUAGUGUCAUACAUCAACAGGCUUUUGGGGACAGUUCCUAUCCCCAUUGCAAGUUAGCUCAGUGUUCUGGUUAAACUGCUUGGCAAUAAUCUACAAUUUGGCACAUCAAGUGCAUGAGUUGGUAGACUGCUAAUCUGUCAAACUGCCUGCCAGAUUUGGGCAGGAAAAAUAUCUUGGUGGACCAGAUCAGUUGCAAGGUUGUAGGUUGUAGGCACCAAGUGGUCCUACAUCUUAAUUAGUGGAAAGGUUCUUCAAGUUUACGGAACACUUGUUCUUCAAGCUUUUGGGAACACUGUUGAUCAACCUAUCCAUCAAAGGAAUUUUAACUGGAAUUUCCUGGUGUUCUCCUUUCUGGUGCCAGACCCAAUCAACUUUGGUAGACACGCUUCAACUCUUCUGUGACCACCAAGAUUCCUGUGCUAUCUCACACCAAGAAUCAGGGUAACCCUUGUUGGCCCCCAGUCAUGUGGUACCCCAAUCUGCUGGCUCUUCUGGUUAAGGCUCUAAGAGACAUCUCUCCUUGGCAUACUCCUCUUUGUCAUCCCAUUCUGCGUUGGUUGUGCCAGCGUUCAAUGGUGUCUUGAGAGGGACAUUUCUCCAGGAAGUCACUCUGCAGCUGAUUUCCUUCUCUUCCUCUGCCGGGAUUAACUCAUAUUUUUCUAUGGUAAAGGGUUAUCGUUCUACCCUGAAGCAGGUCUUUGAUGAGAGGGCAUGGAUCUCUUCUUUCUUUAAGAGAAUACUCUAUGCUUAUUAUAAGCUUUGAACAGUCUUGUCCACCCUGUGAAUUUAGGUCUUGAGAGUGGGUAUAAUUUUUGUUGUCCUCUGCAGUGUCUUGUAGGUUAUUUUUCAGCUCCUGGGAAAGGCUUAAGAUAAAGAUCUUACUUGCAAGUCUGCUUGGUAUAUGAAGGGAUGGAAUUAUUAUAUUUCAUUCAGUUUUGAGGUUGUUGGGUUAAGUUGAAACCUUUGAGUUCACAUGACACAAGAUUUGAGAGCAAAACUAUUCCAUUCUUUUGAAACUUCUUAGGUGGAGAUUGAGAAAAGGUUCCGAGAGAUAUUUGGUGUUGCAUGGGCAAUUGUUGACACUUUUUCAUGUCCAUUGGCAAGCUGAAAAAGAAAGUGAACAAAAAUUCCAUUUCCUCCCAGCUUUGUGAGGUAAUCAAACAAGCAUACCAGUCAUCUAGCAUGAGUGAUGAUUCGAUACCCAGUGCAAAAGAUCUCAGCAUCCAGGGAGUUGCUUUGUUCUGUUUAUUUAGGAUGAGCCUGGUUUCUUGUAUAUUGAUACCAGACAUAUUAAGAGGACAAACCUGAUUCACCUGUUUCUACUUCAAGGACAUCACCCUGAAGUCCUUGUAUACCUUAUUCUUUGGACCUUUGGUGACUUUUCAACAUGCAGUAUAGUUCCACAAGCUCCAUUUGGACAGGAAGGUAUGUCACCAAAAGGUUCAUGGUAGGCUUUCAGCUUGUUUGAAUGGGGAAAUUUCAGAAUUCUUUCCUCUCUCUUUCCUCCUUUAACUGUAAAUAACCUGAAGUCAUGUUUGUGUUGGUUUGGCUUUGUGUAGGUGGGUUAUUUAACAGAGUUAAUUGUCCAAAAUCUACAACUGGAGGAUGUAACUCCCCCCCCUUCAGUUGUAGAUUAUACUAUAACAUUGUUCAUGUGCCAACAAACCUUCGGUCUUAACAAUAGGAUAAUUUUCUAGCACUUAGCCAGAUCCGGUUAAAUCGCAGAUGAAAAGCAAGGAAUCUUGUGAGAUCUGGCAACGCGUGCGUAUAUCGGGUGAAAACUGGUCAAGGACCAUGCACCCACACUACUGCAUUCAGUUUUUUUCUGAACUGCAUGGGUGAGAACAAUUGCAAUGAUAUUACUAUCUAACGAGCAGUAUCUCCCAUACCUACAUAGAAGAGAUUAUCAUCUUCAUCAUCAUCAUCAUAAAUUUUUAUGUCUGACUUUUCCAUUUUAUAUGGUUAGGUAUAAAGUAUCUCUCCACUCUUAUCUGUUCUCCGUUCUUUUUGCCUGAAUUCCUAUCUGGUAUAGGCAGUCCCCAGUUAAUGGUGGGGGUUCUGUUCCUGGCUGAGCUCUGCUAACCAAAAAUUGUCCAUAACCGGAUUGGUGCCGAUAAACUGCUUACUGGCAAUUUCUUGAGUCUGUCUGUAUCCAUUCUCAUCACUGAUCCAAACCAUCUGAAUCUUUGAUAUAUACAAUCCUUUUUGUGGCUUCUUGAUACCACAGCUCUCCAUUAAUUUGUCUUUUGUAUAGUCUUCCCACCAUAUUCUGACCAUGAAUCUAAACAAUCUGUGGUCACAACUUUUCGUUUUCCUUGUCAGUGCUCAGGUUUAUGCUGUGUAGAGUAAUGCAGGUUUAUAUCUACGUACUGUAGUAGGUAUUUUCUCCAUCUGCUAGGGGAUAUUUUUAUUUACCAUGGAAGAGCCAGGGUUGAUGUAAAUCUUUCUGGAACAAGGUUCCGGCAGAAAUACUCAGGCACCUUAUCACCUAAGUUUAUACCAGGCUGUAUAGGAAAUUACAAGUCAUCCUCCCUUUUGCUCAUGUAAACAACCAGACAUUUCCAGAAGUUGAUGGACAAUCUUAUCUGUCUCUGUAUCAAACUUACUCAGACAGUAUGGGGCAUGGCAAGGUUAGUAACCUCUGAAGCUUUGUGAGACAAUAGCUCCCACCUAAUGAAUGAGUCUCAUAAAUAAAAGUCAAAUAUUUAUGUAUAUGCUUAAUGUUGACAAAUUGCAGUUACUAUUUAAGAUAGAUUACAUUUUCUUAGGGACUGUCUACCAUAUUUCAGAGUGUUGAAGAUACAGGUACUCCAGCCUUGAAGAUACAUGGUGUGGUAAGUGCAUUUGACUGUUUGAAUGUGUUGAACUAUCAUGAUAUUGGCUGGUAGAGCUUAUUUAUUAUUACGGUUUUUUAGUUUGUUUAUUUUGAAAAUACUUGUCUGUUGGCUUUCCAACCAUAGUCUGUUGAUAUGGAAAUCAAUGUUUGUGACUGUGAAUCUGUGUGGGUACCAGAGCAGGUGGAAGACCUAGAGUUACUUGGAUAAGAAUUGUGAGAAGAGAGGCUGGGGAUGAGUAGAGAUUUGUGAAGACAACACAGGAAAGCCUCUGAGUUUCAGAAUUUCACAAGAGACCCUUUGCAUCACAAGCCCUUAGAGCAAGUGAUGAUAAUGUAUAGUUUAUAAUUUUACUUGACCAACAUUUAUUAUAACUUGCAUUUUAUAUUCAGUUGUUCAGGUUUAUAAUAUGUUACUCUGUCAUGUCAGUUGGUAAUAUAAUUGAAAAUCUUCAAAAUAAUAGCAUCAUUUCCAACAUAAUGAGAACUGUGGCUAUUUUAUCAUGGCUUCUGAACAAAAUUUGUUGAUAAUUAUAACAGUUUUAGUCUGGUAUUGGGUAAUGUUGAUUUCGGUGUACAUUUCACAUUGAGUUAUGCGAAGGAAAUUUACUGGGAGCUUAAUCUAGGCUACAGUUAUAGUGUAGAAUAAGGCAGUCCCCAGGUUACGAUGGGUUUGGCUUACGACGUUCCGAGGUUAAGGCGCUUUUCAAUUAUAUUCAUCAGAAAUUAUUUCCAGGGUUACGAUGCCUACGGCGCUGAUUUGGCACAAGAAAUAUGACACCAAAAAUGCAAAAUAAUCAAUAUUUAAAGGAUUUUUUUAUGAAAAAUCCAAAAUGCAGUUUACAUAGUUUUGAAUGCACCCAAACCAUUAAAAGUAAGGUUUUCUUAGGAUUUUUUAUGAUGUUCCGGCUUACAACGAUUUUCAGGUUACAAAAAGUCUCAAGAACGGAACCCCCGUCGUAACCCGGGGACUGCCUGUAGUAGUUUGUCUAGUGUGACUGUGAAAUCUUUUUGACUUCCAAAAAUAAGCAAGGAGCAAGUUCAUUCCUUUUCUCUGCUGAUGUCUCCUAAAUUUCAGGUGUAUUGGUUUUAUUUUGUAUCUUUUCAUUUCUUUUUAUUUACCAUCUUUCUGUCUCUCUGCAGGCUGAUUUUCCUGUGGAAUUCCUCUUGGGUUUAUAAUCUAUUGACUGUAUCCAUAAGGGUUUUCAGCUGAAGAUUUAAAGAAAGAAAGAAAAUAGAAGACUGUUUUAUUUGGACUAGUUGUCUGUUAUACAGUAUGUACCUGAAUGUUGGUAUUUAUGGAGUAUGUAUAGCAAUUUAAUUCAGCAAUUUAAAAAGAUUAAGAGGCUUUUGAGGCAUCACAAAUUACAACGUCUUUUAGCAAUAUAAGUUGAAUGUAUGGUAUUUUCUUUUGUGUUUUUGUUAGGAAAUACUAAUGUGAGACUUGUAACAUGAUCUUGUAACAUUAUCUCAUGUAACAAAAUUGUGGUUAUUUUCUCCUGUUCUUCCAGUUUUAGAAAUUUCUCAAGCCAUAUUUUGCCAUUGUUAUAAUUAUUAACAUGUACCUUGUUAAACUGCAGGACUGUUAUCAUAAUUAUAUUGUAAUAAUGAUACACUUUACAGGAGAGCGAUAUUGCAGUUAUAAAGUUAUUUGUGUAUAACUUAGUUUUAUGGUAUGUGAGUGGCAAAGCUAAACAGUGAUAAUGUAUGCAUAUACAUAUACGUAGUGUUAUUGUAAAUUAGGAAUGUUGAUAUUGCUUAAUUUUCAGUAGUUGAGUACUUUAGUUAUUAGUCUUGGGGUUGUCAACUUAAAAUUUAUAGAAUUAGAAUAGGCAGUCCUUGGUUAUAAGGGGGGAACUCUGUUCCCAGCCGAGCACUGCUAACCAGAAAUCACUAAUAAUUAUGGUAAUAAAUGGCGGUUACAGCAUCGUAACCACCAAUAAACUACUUAUUGGCACAAAUAAACCGCUUACUGAAACCGAUAAACUGCUUUACGAUGCUGAAAAUCACUUAGCAUCACAGAAAAUCUGGUUAGUGAUGUCGUUAGCCAAGCACUGUAAAACCGGAGGACUGUCUGUAUUGUAAAUUAAUUUACUUAUCUAGAAAGAAAAGGGAAAUAUGGGAACAGAGACCUUUUUGGUCCUUUCUUAUCACUCUUGUACAAAGACUUUCAGAGGAAGAAUCCAGGUCAGCUGUUUAAUCUGCACUGGUUGUAAUUCUUCAUGAGAAGUGUGUAUAAGUAAUAUACGUAAUGCAAAUCCCUAUACAGUAGUUUUCUUUUUCUCUGUUGUUUUAUUCCUGUGUUUUUUUAGAUUUGUGGAAUAUCAUUAUAUCACAGCAUCUUGCCAGCUAUUUCUUUUGUUAAGAAGAAAAAGGCUUAGAUAAUAGCAGUGUAAUGAAUGAUCAAUGAUAUCUUAUUCCAUUAUUGUUAUGUGUAGUAAAUAAAAAUAUAGU